ACGAUUUGGUCGACAAUCUUUCUUUCCCCCAACCUUCACCUUCUCUCUUUUUGCCCCAAACGGCCUGUAGCGAAGCUGGCUGCCAACAGCGCUCUCGCCUCCCUCUUCAGGCGCUAUUGCUCCAAGAAUGACCAGCAGCAAGUCGCUUAAUCGAGUCUGCAACGACGACGUCUUGGACAAACUGGAGGAACUCUCGAUCAUCAACAUCGACAGCGACGAGGAUGACUCGCCAUCCUAUGGCUCAGCGUCACUCCCGACGCCUGAGGCCCCGCAUGUCGACUUCACCGUGCGAGCGUCGCCGUACGAUUGCCAGACCCCCGUUCAGUACUGGUACAGCGGGGAAUACGCGAACAGUGCUGAACGUAUGGAGCCUGUUAAACCACCAGGGGCGCCUUUGUUGAAGGACAUGGACUCGUUUACGGAGGGGACGGGAUGUGGCAGCUUCGAAGAUCUCCCCUCUACACUUAACCAUGAAGACUCCGAUCUCGUUUACCCAACAACGGAGGAGACCCUCUCCCUCCUUCCACCGCCGGACUCUCUCUUGGCAUAUAUCGAGCAAUGGAGGAGCGAUAUACUCGAAGAACCGUCUCUACCCGUCAAGCGACCUCGGUCUCCGUCUCCAGAGGACGACCGCUCAGCCCGACGCACCCGCCCUCGUAUUCGAGCUGUGUCAUUACCAGCAACGUUCAAGGCCUAUACCCAAAGUAUUGGCUUCUGCACCACCCGCAGACUUGGUUCCCUCUUCCCCCGCAACACAAGCACACAGCAUGGCAUGUCGUCCUGGCAUGGCCGACCGCUGCAAAAGUCCCCAUGGCUCACGCCGAGUCACAUCCCACCACCCACUUAACACCCGACCUACCCCACUUCUCGACAUGGACUACUACCAAGCCGUAUAUGCUAUCUGGAUAAAUUAUUGGACUAUUAGCAUGGAAUCUUUUUCCAUCCCUUAACACCCCAUGUUUCACGAUGUUACGACCCCAUUUCCCAAACUAUACAACCAUGUCCACACCCCCAGAUAUCUAACCCCGUAUCUAUACUAGGCUUGCGAUCCUUAAUCCAUUGCUAUACCCCUUCGAUCUUCGUUCCACCCUUAUGCUUGACGGCUUUUUGUAUUCUUUCGGUUCUCUGUUGUGGACAGUCUUGCCGCCAUUGUUGCCGUUUCAAGCUAUGUGCUAUCCACACCUCCCUGCUGUACGCCAAGCUUGUAGCUGUC